ACCAUUUUAAUUCAAUUAACGAAAAUCGGUAUUAUUAUCAUUGAUGGAUAAAUGAGACUGAGCCAAGCGUGUGGUAGUAAAUAUGAUCAUUUAGGAAUCAAUAUAAAGUAAAUGAACGAAAUGGAGCAUUACCAUUUAUAAAUUAUGUAUUAUAAGUAUGUCGGUCUAUAUCUAGGUGCUAAACAUUAUGCACCGAAAAUGGUGUACCGUACCUUACAGAUAUCGCACCGCAUCACAUGCGAUAUAUCAACAUUUGGGUGUACCACAAUGCCUUUGUGGUCAAGUCGUUAUGACGUACGCCAAUGAGAAUGGCUCAGGUAUAGACCCAUAUAAUAGUAAUAAUAUGAACAAUUGGAAAUAAUAAUUUUUUUAAUGAAGAAAAAAAAAUAUCCAUAUUUUUUAUUACCGGUACAUCUUUUAUAUAAAUAAUAAAUUAGUGAUAUCAAUUUUUUAAUGAAGCACAAAAUCUAUACAUAUUUUCUGUUAUAUCUUUUAUAUAAAUGAUCUAUUAAUGUAAAUUUUGAACUUAAUUGCGUUCAUAAUAACAUAACAUUAUUAUUAUUAUUAUUAUUAAAUUAUUUAAAAAAAACACACACACAUUUAACUGAUAAUCACAUUAUUUAAUGAAUGGUUUGUACCUAGGACUCUCUAUCCGUCUGUAGUUCUGAACCAUGUCAAAAUGGUGGAACAUGCAAAACAUGUGAUCCCAGCAUAAGCUACGAGUGUGUUUGCACGAACGAUUAUGGAGGAACUACCUGUGGACUUGCAUUGUGCGAUUCGAAUUUAAAAAAUGCAAAAUUCAGUGAGACAGAACGUUGGGUUGAACCCGGGACAAGUGGAAUAUACACAUGCAAACCAGGAUAUGAAUAUGUGGACAGCGCAGAUGGAGUAUUACCAAGAGUGUGUGUGAACCAAGUAAUGACUCCUGCAGGUCCAACGUGUUAUGAAGUGGAUGAGUGUUUAAGCAACCCGUGUGCAGAAUUAUUCGUUUGUUUGAACAAAGUCAAUCGUUACGUUUGUAAGGCCCCAUGUAGCAGUCCGCUUACACCUACGAAUGGAAUGUUUACACUCAAUGACCCAGAAAUGAAGCACGAUACCAUAGCAUCUUUCUCCUGUGAACCAAUGUACACUAUUUCUGGAUCGUCUACAACAACAUGUUCUAAUGGGCAAUGGACACACAGUUUCCCCGAAUGUAAAGCCCCAUGUGAUACUCCUACUGCACCAACGCAUGGGAGUUUUACAGUAAAUGACAAUGAAAUGAAACACAACUCCGAAGCAUCUUUCUUUUGUGACCCAUUGUACACUUUGGUUGGAUCCUCUACAAGUCGGUGUUCUAAUGGAUCAUGGGAUGUUUUCCCAGAAUGCAAAGCCCCUUGUGAAAGCCCUAUUGUACCAACGAAUGGGAGCUUUACAGUAAAUGACGUACAACUGAAGCACAAUACCGAAGCAUCUUUCUCUUGUGCUACAAGGUUCACCAUUAAUGGAUCGUCUACAAGUCGGUGUUCAGAUGGAUCAUGGGACACGGAUUUCCCAGAAUGCAUAGGUAGGCCUAAUGUCAAUAUUUAA